AUGAAAUUUCCACCAAAUUUCUGGUACUUUCUUCGCAAUUUUCUUUAAAGAGUGAGUGAAGAAGAGAUAAAAAUAGGAGAAAUCAUUCAUAGCAAGAAAGUUUUAUGGUUUUCCAUCGCUUCAACACCUUCAUUGAUCUUUGCAUACCUUCUCCAGAGCAAUUCAGAUUUGUCUCCAUUUGUUAUUUGGAUUCUCAAUAUUUAUAGUCUCCAAAGCUGUCCAUCUUCAGUUUCUAUAGCUCAAGUGUUAGAUCUAAACUUCCAAGGCUAAUUAAAAGUGGCUGGAGUGUCAGAUUUGAACUUCCAAGGCUAACUAAAAGAACUGAAAAGCAUUUCAUCAGUUGAUGUCGAUGGCUGGUUCUUUGUCUUCCACCAACAAUCCUCAAGAGGAGCAUGACGUUUUUCUUAGUUUCAGAGGCGAGGACACCCGCAAUGGUUUCACUAGCCAUCUCUAUUUGGCUUUGUGUCGUAAAAAGAUUAGUACUUUCAUUGAUGACCAAAUUGUUAGAGGAGAUAAAAUUUCAUCAUUUCUUUUGAAUACCAUUAAAGCGUCAAAGAUUUCAGUUAUCAUUUUCUCAAAAAAUUAUGCAACUUCUAGAUGGUGCCUCCAAGAACUCGAACAAAUCCUUCAUUGCAAGAAAAUAGAUGAGCAGAUUGUUAUACCAGUUUUCUAUCACGUAGAUCCAUCAGAUGUAAGGAAUCAAACUGGGAGUUUUGGAGAUGGAUUUGCUGAGCUUGAAAAACAUACUAAGCAAAAGUUAGAGAUGCUGCAGAGAUGGAAGACUGCUUUGAAUGAAGUAGGUAGUCUAGCUGGCUGGACUAUUAAUGAUCAAAAUGAUUAUACGGACCUGAUUGGAAUAGAAUUUGCCAUAAAAAGAAUAGAGUCUUUGUUGCACAAUGGAUCAAGUGGUGUUUCCAAAAUAGGAAUUUGGGGCAUAGGUGGUGUUGGCAAGACAACUAUUGCCCGUGUUGUAUUCAACAAAAUUUUUAGUCAUUUUGAAGGAUCCUAUUUUGUUGAAAAUGUUAGGGAAGAGUCGGAGGAAAGUAAUGGGUUAACUCACUUGAAAAAAGAACUUCUUUCCACAAUAUUAGAGGAUAGAGAUCCCAAUAUAGGACUUACCUUCACAAGAAAAAGACUUAAAGAUAAAAAGGUUCUCAUUGUGUUUGAUGAUGUGACAUCUUUACAGCAAAUAGAAAAUUUGAUUGGAAAUCUUAAUUGGUUGAGUUCAAAAAGUCAAAUUAUCAUAACAACAAAGGAUAAACAAGUGUUGAGAAAUUGUGGAGUAGAUGAUGCUUAUAUAUAUGAGGUUCAGGGACUAAGGGAGGAGGAAGCUCAUCAACUUUUUAAUCGGUAUGCCUUUAAACAAGACUCUCCUAUUGAAGAUUAUAUGGAGCUAUCGAACAAAGCAAUUUCAUAUACCAAAUGUCUCCCUUUGGCUCUGAAAGUGUUGGGCUCCUAUUUGUUUUCCAAGGGAAAAGAAUUUUGGGAAAGUGCAAUAAAAGAACUAGAAAAAGGUCUUCCUUUGGAUAUUCAUAAGGUAUUAAGAGUUAGUUAUGAUGGACUUGAGAAAGAGAAGGAUUUAUUUUUAGAUAUUGCAUGUUUCUUCAAAGGGGAUCAUAUAGAUUCAGUGAUAGAAAUCCUAAAUGCUUGUGACAUUUCUGCAAAGAAUGGAAUACAAGUUCUUAUUGACAAGUGUCUCGUGUUUGUGACAUACUACAAUAAAAUAACAAUGCAUGAUUUGCUUCAAGAAAUGGGUAGGGAAAUUGCUCGGGAUGAUAGUUGCAAACACAUUCGACUAUGUCAUCAUAUGGAUAUCUUCAAAGCAUUUAAAAAAAGAAAGGGAACUGAAGCAGUACGAAGCAUAAACUUGGACAUAUCUAAAAUAAGCAAUGCAGGCUUAAAUUGUCAUGUUUUGUCAAAGAUGGAUAACUUAAGAUUCUUCAGAGUAUACAACUCAAAAUACGAAGAUGGCUAUGAAGACUGGCAAGACCAAGAUAAUUCUGAAGCUAAGUUGGAUGGUUUUGAAGAACUUGAAUCCUUUCCCGAUGACAUUACAUUCUUUGGUUGGAAUAAUUACCCAUUUAAAUCGUUGCCAUUAAGUUUUCCUUCAGAGAGUCUUGUUAAACUUGUUAUGCAAAACAACAAAGUUAAACAUUGGAACGGUUUUCAGAAUCUUGUAAAUUUGAAAUAUGUUGAUCUCAGUUUCUCCGAGCACAUGACAGAGAUUCCAAAUCUCUCAAGAGCCUCAAAUCUUCAGUAUUUGAUUUUAAUAUUUUGUUCGUCGCUUGAGAGUCUCUCAAGCAACAUCUGUAAGUUGAAAUAUCUCAAACAGCUUAAUCUUUUCGGCUGCAUCAAAUUGGAGAGAUUACCCGAUGACUUUGGAGACUUAGAAGCUUUGGAGGAUCUCAAUACUGGAGAAACAAUCAUAAAAGAAGUACCUUCAUCCAUUUUACACUUGCCAAAACUUCGUAGAUUACAACUAUGUCGAGAUGAACCGGCACCCUUGAAUUGGGUAUUGAAUUCUUUGUCAGGUUCAAACUCUUUGGUAUCUCUUAAUUUGUCAAACUGUCAAAUGACCAAAUUACCUGACAAUCUUGGACAAUUAUUCUUUCUAGAAAACUUAUUUCUACGUGAAAAUAAUUUUGAGAGCAUACCAGAAAACAUCAAAAGGCUUUCUAAAUUGAGAUUGCUAGACAUAAGUAAUUGUCGGAGACUUCAACUUUUGCCAGAGUUUCCAAUGGGUGUAGAUGUGAUAGCAUUUGACUGCUCAUCCUUGCAAUCAAUAUCAGAUCCAUCAUUUCUAUUGUUACCUCAUUUGAGACGACGGGAAACAACUUUUGCCAAUUGUUUUAAAUUGGAUUUAUGUAAAACUCUUCAUAAGGAAUCUUGUCGAGAAUUUUGUGCUAGUAUCUGUUUCCCUGGAGAUGAAAUUCUUAAGUGGUUUACCUUUCAAAAUACGGGACCUUAUAUAACUCUCGAUUAGUCACUAGAUUGGCAUAAUAAAAACUUUCUAGGUUUUCUUGCAUCUAUUGUUGUUUCUCCAAAUAAGGACAAUCUGGUUCCUUCUUACAUUGUUACCUGUUAUUGCUUGGUGAAAAGUGAAAAUGGUAAGGAGCAGAUUUAUAGAAUUAGAACUAGAACUAGAUUUCCUAUGUUUGCGCAUAUCUAGUCAGAUCAUGUAUUAUUCGGUUUUCAUUCUAUAACGAAAUUGGUGUUUAAAGAGUGUCAAUAUUAUUGGCAACAUGAUAGAAUUCGUCAUAAGAUGAUGUCAUCAAAUUGUAAAGUGCUCA